AUGAAACUAUGCCCACCUAUUGCUCACACUGCAAAGUUCAAGGGCACUCUAGAAAAAUGCAGGGCUGUUCAACAUGAAAAGCUACAAGAAGGAGGACAAACUAGGCUGGCUGGGAAGGAAGAUAAUAUGGCACAUAUCACUCAACAAAGUAAGGUUAAACAGACCACUGGCAACAACCAAGAUCAAAGAAGGCAUGUAGAACAAAUGGAGCCUACAGGCACUGAACCUCAUGAGGGAAGAAUGUACAAACAGACCGCUCAAAAUGGCAAAUGGCAAAAUGUCGAAAGAAAAAUAUACAAAGGGAUGAACAACAAUGGGGCAUCGAUGGGCCAGCAACAAAAUAAGAGCAACAACAAUGAGAAGGUCACAGAGCAAAGAGCAAGCCAGGGAAACAACAGAACAGAGGUCAACAACUCCUUCAAUCUCCUACAAGAAGGAAUAGAGGAUGGUCAAAUGGAUACGACAAUCUGUAAGAAUGUAAGUAUGGAAGAACAUGACUCUAAACAAGACCACCAAGGUACACAACAACAAGAAAGAACUACAAGGUGGGACAAAGUUCAAAAAGACAAACAAAAGGAAAAAAGCAAAAAGUAUCAAACUGGACUUAACCUGAGAAGUGCUAGAACAAGAAAUGCUACCAAAAACAACAAAGUCGAUACAGAACUACAAGGAUAG